AUGGAGGAUCUACCUCGAGACUUGAUCGAUCGAUCGAUCAAGAAUCGCGACGAAAAUGACUAUCUCAAUAGCGUCGAUCUCCCUCGAAACCUGCUUGAUUGUGUACGUCGUGUCCAGAAUAUUUAUGACGUUCAGCUAGACGACUACCCCGAUCAAGGAUAUACGUAUCAGGUUAAGCUUCUGUGGGACUUCAAUCGUAUCUGGGGCAUCUUUGACCUGGGGAAUUGCAAGGGUUUGUUUGUGACUGUAUCAGGUGUGGACGUAUUGGAUUUUGAGUUCGCAGAAACUCAGAUAGUACAAUUUGUCUGGCAGAGUACCCGCAACUCGAUUUCGGAUGAGCCUCUGUUUGAUGAGACUCGCACGAAGGGGCGCAUCUGCAUAAACCCGCGAGAAUCUCAAAUUCAGGGCAUUUUUUGGUUGGUCGCGACUGAUGGCAAUGCCGAUAGCCAGGCAAGUUGUACUUUUCACGGAAAAGGCCGUCCUGACCCGGUGGUCGUCCCUCACUGCCUGGAGGACAUUGUGGAAGAAUGGAACAGGCUCCCGCGUCGUUUUAAAAAAGAAACAAUUCUACAGUAUUCAACUGCAGUGGCUCAAGCAGCCUAUCUUCCCAGGGAUGAGGAGGUAUCCGUCAGAGAGAGAUUACUGCGCGUACUGGAAGAUGUUCAGACGUCGGGGAAUUUUAUGACUAGUGGCAAGCACGAUGCAGGAGUCAUUCCCGGCCUUCACAUCUCGAAUGUUGGCACCAUCCGGCUUCCUAUAUCUGCCGAGGACGCAAGGGCUAUGAUUCAAUCUUGUCAUAUGAGUCCUUAUGGAAAAGGAAAUGAAACUCUGGUGAAUGAAUCAGUGCGAAAAAGUUGGGAACUUGACGCAAAGGAGGUUUCCUUUCAAAAUCCUGCAUGGAAGUACGAGGUCAGAGCUGCUGUCGACAGGGCUCUUGCCGGUCUUGGUCUCAAUGCAAACCCCCAGGAGGUCAAGGCAGAGCUGUAUAAAGUUCUUAUAUACGAGGAAGGGGCAUUUUUCUUGCCACAUCAGGACUCAGAGAAGGCUGAUGGUAUGUUCGGUACGCUCAUUUUGUCUCUUCCCUCGGAACACGAAGGAGGAGAGGUAAUUGCCUCUCAUAGGAAGGAGCGUCUAUCAUUUGAAUCGGCGCCCAACUCCAAGUUUGGAUUCUCGUGGGCUGCGUGGUAUGCUGAUGUCACACAUGAGGUAAAACCUGUUACUUCUGGAUACCGCAUUGUCCUGGUUUACAACUUGAUUCAUCGCCCGUCAGCUGCGCUCUUGGCGGCUCGCAACGGAGCGGGAGAACUGACUCGCUUACUGGCGUCGUGGGCCUGUGAUGCCGAAAAGCCAGGUGAAUGUUCAAAUGGUUGGCAAAGUGCGGACUUCAAUCAUUCCUGCCCACCGGCGCUUGUUUAUGGACUUGAGCAUCAGUAUACCGAGGCAGAGCUCAGCUUUGCUCGACUGAAAGGUGCCGACCAAGUUCGCCUUUCAGAGCUACAUGGUGCAUGUCAGAAGGCUGAUUGUGUUCUCUACUUGGCCAACAUUGAGAAAUCGGAUAUGGGCGAGACUGAUUGUUAUGGCUACGAAAGCCCUCGAAGUGAUGGCUUUCACGAAAUUCAGGAUGUAAUUGAAACUACUCUUGAACUCUCGUAUGUGGUGAACGCCAGAGGCGAUGUUGUCGGUGAAAGAUUGCCAUUCCUUGAUGAAAUGAUCGUCCAAGAUAAUAUCUUUGAACGUGAUCCUGAUGAAGAGGAUUAUGAAGGCUAUACAGGCAAUGAGGGCGCUCCAGCAACGCACUUUUACAAACAAACUGGUGCAUUGAUUAUACCAAAGGGAUUUGUUUUUCAGUAUACCCUGGAGCGGCUGAAAGCUGGACAGGGUGACGCUGCUCAGAUUCUCCAAGACACCCAUUGUGGCUUCAAAGAACAACCAAAUGAUCAGCGAGCGAGGGAAAGGCUUUUGCAAACCUGUAGAGUGCUUCUUGAUUUGAGACCAACGUCACAUGCGACCAACAUAAUGCAAAUUGCCCUUGAAAUUGAUGACCCGGCACUAUAUGGACAGAGCAUGGUCAACCAAGGCAUAUUGGCGGAUUAUCAAAUUACCCAACUUGCCGACAUUGUUAUCCGACACGGUAUCCGGUCCGUUCAGUUGUCAGCCGUCGCCUUCUUGAAAAUCAAGACGAAAGACCCCGAAUUUGUACUGUCAUUCAUUGGUUCAGUGUAUGAUUACUCACACACAGGAGCCUUGGACAAGACCGAGGCUGAUGCAGCUCUCCACCAGGCAUUCCUAGUUGUCAUUCGGUCUUUGAAGGUUGAGGAUGACACGGCAUUCUCACACCCUAUGGGAUCAAUGUAUCCAUUUACUUAUGGACCCCACAUGAGGGCGCCUUCUCUACCUCCGGACACGGUAUUAAAGUUGGUCAGGUUAGCUGAUACGACGAAGACCGAUACCACGGCAGUAAUGGAUUUCCUUGUGGACCAUGUUGCAAAGGCUUGUGAAAACAGAAUGGAUAAUAGCUUCCAAAGAUUUCUGAUUCCUGUUGCUCUGGGACUUUCCAAUCAUGUUGCAACCAGCAAACGCCUUUUCACUGCGGGGGAACAGCGCUUCAUCAGCAUUCUACUAGGAUCAUACGUGGACAACCAUGUCAGAAAUGCACCUCCCCCACCAGUUGGCUGGCAGAUCCGAACCACCAUAAGUUGCAAGUGUUUUCACUGUGAUUCAGUUCGCCGCUUCAUUCUGGACCCGCAUGCCACAACUAAGGAAUUCCCUCUGAAAGAGGCGGAUAGGAAACACAUUGAUAGGCAACUUGACAAGACAUUUUUCGCAACAAGUACUAUCAGAGGUUGCUCACCCUGUAUUUUGCGUGUCGAAAAAACUCAGGCUAAACUUAUUUGGGACUACGUCGGAUGGAUCAAGCGAGCGAGGGACGCGCGCUAUACAUUGGAUCGGCUGGACACAAAAGCUCCCCUCAAAGACAUUCUGAGAGAUCAGUACAAUGCCAUUAUGGAUCAUCCGAACCUUAAAGUUCCGCUGGAUCUUUCCCCCGCGCUGGAAAGUCUCGUUGACCGGUUUGUUGCAAGUCCUGCUGGAACGACCGUUCCCCAGAAGCGACCUUUCGGGCGUUGA